AUGGCUGUUACCAACAAUGGGAGCGGCAAUACCGCUCACGUCAAUAUGAUGACCGACACCGUCAUUGCAAAUCUCCCAGCUGAGGGUUUGAGGGUCAUAGUCCGCUCGCUUCUUACAGCUCACCCUGAAAUCACCACAACCUUCGAACAUGAAACUCGGCAAUACUUUAGCCAAGUUGGAGAGAAGCUGUCCAAGGCUCAGGCCGAUGCUCCUGAUAUUAAUGGACUGAAACAGACCCAAAAGACCAUUCGUUGCAUGCUUGGGUCUGGACUUCCAUUUGAGAGUAUCCAACUCCUCAGUAGAGUGGUAAUCAGCGGUGCACAACUGGCUCUGAAAUCAUUUCAAGAUGACAAGGGGACCCUUGGAAUGUUCCUCGCGUCUUUGGAUGGGGAUAUAGUACAGGCAAUGACAGCGGUUAAGAAAACCCUCUUCGUCGAUAUAGGGGCCCGAGCCCUCACUUUGGGAGAACGCGGCUUGAUUCGUCAUCUCUUGGAUUCCUUAACCGAAUGCCAGGAUAUACUGUCAAGUACAGAGAUCGAGUUUCCUUAUGCAAGAGGGCUCUUGACAACAGGAAAGCUUUUAGGUAUCGCUUUACCAAACUUGCAACAGAGUUCUUCGACUAGCAUUUCCCUCGACAUGAACCCACCUCGAAAGGCCAAGGAAACCUUCCAGCUUGGAGGAAGAACACUACCUCGACUGUUCUCCGGGCUGUGGCAGAUGUCGAGUCCAGCCUGGGGUGCUGCCCCAACAUCCAAGAUCAUUGCCGGCUUCUCAACACAUGUUCAAAACGGUUUCACCGCGUUUGAUAUGGCAGAUCACUACGGCGAUGCCGAGGUUAUAUAUGGCAGCUUCCGCCGUUUAUAUCCUCAUCGGGAUGAAAUGUUUACUGCAACAAAAUAUUGUAUAUUUCACCACAUGACAGUUUCUCCAGAGGCAGUCAAGGCAAACAUUACAGAAAGAUGUGAAAGAUUACAGCAAGAUGUCAUCGAUUUACUUCAGUUCCAUUGGCAAUUCUGGGAAGAUCCUCAGUAUCUUGAUGCCUUGCGCUAUUUAUCAUUAGAUGAGCGUGUGGCCCGUAUUGGCCUGUGUAACUUCAACACCGAACACCUCCACCGUGUUCUCCAAAGUGGCAUUGAGAUACAUACCAACCAAGUGCAGUUCUCGCUUAUCGACGCAAGGCCAACAGUAAAGAUGGCAGAUCUCUGCUCAAGCCACAAUAUAAAGCUGCUGACUUAUGGCACACUGUGCGGCGGCUUUCUGGCGGACAAGUGGCUUGGCAAGCCAGAGCCAGAUGUAUACGACUCAAACAGCACACCCAGUCAGCGAAAGUACUACACAAUGAUAUGUAGCUGGGGUGGCUGGGGUCUGUUCCAGGAGCUGCUGGGUGCUUUGCGCACUGUUGCUACAAAGCAUCAAGUCAACAUUUCGAAUGUGGCUACACGGUGGGUCCUAGACUUUCCCUACGUCGGUGCAGUGAUUAUCGGGGCACGCUUCGGAAUGAGUGAGCAUACAAGCGAUAAUACUGCAACCUUGGGCUGGAGUUUGGAUGACAAUGAUCGUCUCUUGAUUGAGAGGGUCUUGAGUCAGAGUCGCAGACAUGACAUGUUCCAGAGAAUGGGUGACUGUGGCAAUGAGUACAGGUGA